AUGUCGAACCCUACUAAUAUUGCUAGUGCAGACGUGGCAGGUGGCAGUAACGCUGCUCCUCCUUGGGGAAGCAACACGGCUCUGCCAGUAACACAGUUGGCGCAGGCGAGGAAUGCGUCUGUGUAUGUGCUUGGUGGCUCUGGAAUGGUUUCACAGGUGGCUUAUUGCCGCUUGUCGUCGCCACAUUCGAUAAUCCUUUCUGAGCCGCUCAACUUGGUUUCUCUUGUUGGCCUAGUGACUGAUCCUUCAGAACCAGGCUCUGCCUCUUUCACUGCUGCAUUGAGCAGCUUGAAUGGAAGCGUCUUUGGCGGGAGGAUUUUAAAUUUGGUUGCCAUGGACUCUGUGCUUUUGACUGCGCUUCUUUCUCAGAAAAGGGAGGUCUUUCAUGAAGAUUGA